UUGGCCUGCCAUUGACGAACAGAUUCAGUCGAGUGUUCGGCAUCGUGAAAUUUGCAACAUUUGCAACAGUUUGAAACCAUACGAGAUGGCUUCCCAGAUUUCAUCCGUGCAUACACCAUCCGUUGCACUUAGUAAAUAUCGCGAUCAACACUUCAAGGGUUCUCGUCACGAGCAGGAAAAACUGCUUCGUCUUUCCUCAACGUUGUACAUAGGCAAUUUAUCAUUCUAUACGACCGAGGAACAGAUACACGAACUAUUUUCACGUUGUGGCGACGUCCGGCGCAUCAUCAUGGGAUUGGACAAGUUCAAGAAGACUCCGUGCGGUUUCUGCUUCGUAGAAUAUUACGCGCGGAUGGAUGCGGAAAGCGCAAUGCGUUAUAUUAACGGUACGCGGUUAGACGAUCGUAUCGUGCGUGUCGAUUGGGAUGCAGGGUUCGUGGAAGGUCGACAGUACGGUCGUGGCAAAACCGGCGGCCAGGUGCGUGACGAAUAUCGACAGGAUCACGAUCUGGGACGUGGAGGCUACGGAAAGAUGGUGCAAAUGGGACAGCUCGGUGCACCGACGAUGCGGGACUGAAGCGUUCAGCGCUAACUCUAACAUAAAUGAAACUACUUUGUAAAUUUUCCAUAAGUAUAUUUAAGAACAUGAAGUCCUUUUUAACAACCGCGAA